UGGGUCUGAACGACUACUGAUACAGUUUAGAUUGGGUGAAGAAGAUGUAGAAGUGAUCGAAAAGGGUUUCUUUACGAAAAAAUCGAAAAGGUAAAGAAGGGCAAGGGUGCGCGCCAGGGGACUGGCUUGUUGCUCUGUCGUUCUUGUGAAUCGCUUCAGGAUUGAGAUUCAGAUUUGAGGAGUGAACUGGUUGAUUCUCAGGUACUUCGAUUUUAGGCUAGUUUGAUUUUCCUGUGAUUCCUUACAGCCAUGGCCUCUGCAAAAGAUUCAGACCCCUCGUUAGGGUUUCUUACAAGAAAAGAGACAGAGGUGAAACUCCCUCGACCUACGAGGGUCAAGAACAAAACUCCUGCUCCUAUUCAGAUUACUGCUGAGCAAAUUCUCAGGGAAGCUCGUGAACGUCAAGAAGCAGAGAUCAGACCACCCAAGCAAAAGAUAACCGACUCGGCUGAGCUUUCGGAUUACCGUCUGCGCAAGCGCAAGGAGUUCGAAGACCUAAUUCGCAGAGUCCGAUGGAACGUAGGCGUGUGGAUCAAGUACGCCCAAUGGGAGGAAUCUCAGAAGGAUUUUGCUCGUGCUCGAUCGAUUUGGGAACGAGCAUUGGAGGUCGAUUAUCGAAACCAUACACUUUGGUUGAAGUAUGCCGAAGUGGAGAUGAAGAACAAAUUCAUCAAUCAUGCCAGGAACGUUUGGGACCGAGCUGUUACUCUUCUCCCUCGUGUCGAUCAGCUUUGGUACAAGUAUAUACACAUGGAGGAGAUGCUCGGAAAUGUUGCUGGGGCUCGACAGAUCUUCGAGCGCUGGAUGAAUUGGAUGCCCGACCAGCAAGGUUGGCUCUCCUACAUUAAAUUCGAGCUUCGCUACAAUGAGAUUGAGCGAGCCAGGGCAAUAUUCGAAAGGUUUGUGCGGUGUCACCCCAGAGUUGGAGCUUGGAUUCGGUAUGCCAAAUUCGAGAUGAAAAAUGGAGAGGUGCCUAGAGCUAGGAACUGCUAUGAGAGGGCUGUUGAGAAAUUGGCAGACGAUGAGGAGGCUGAACAGUUGUUUGUGGCAUUUGCAGAGUUUGAAGAAAGGUGCAAGGAGACGGAGAGAGCUAGGUGCAUUUAUAAAUUUGCACUUGACCACAUACCGAAGGGAAGGGCUGAGGAUCUCUAUAGAAAAUUUGUUGCAUUCGAGAAGCAGUAUGGCGACAGGGAGGGGAUAGAGGAUGCCAUUGUGGGAAAGAGGAGAUUUCAGUACGAAGAAGAGGUUAGAAAGAACCCUCUUAACUAUGAUUCGUGGUUUGACUAUAUCCGUCUAGAAGAAAGUGUGGGAAAUAAAGACAGGAUCAGGGAAGUCUAUGAGCGUGCCAUUGCUAAUGUUCCUCCGGCUGCAGAGAAGCGUUACUGGCAGCGGUACAUUUACUUGUGGAUUAAUUAUGCUUUAUAUGAGGAGCUUGACACGCAGGAUAUGGAGAGAACAAGAGAAGUCUACAGGGAGUGCCUUAAGCUGAUUCCCCACGAGAAGUUCUCAUUUGCCAAAAUUUGGUUAUUGGCUGCCCAAUUUGAAAUACGUCAGAAAAAUCUGAAGGCUGCACGGCAAAUACUAGGCAAUGCAAUUGGGAAGGCUCCCAAAGAUAAGAUAUUUAAGAAAUAUAUCGAGAUAGAGUUGCAGCUUGGAAAUAUCGAUCGUUGUCGAAAACUAUAUGAAAAGUAUUUGGAAUGGGCACCAGAGAACUGCUAUGCAUGGAGCAAAUAUGCGGAGCUGGAAAGGUCAUUGAGUGAGACGGAGAGGGCUAGAUCUAUUUUUGAGCUUGCAAUAGCCCAACCUGCAUUGGAUAUGCCAGAGUUAUUGUGGAAGGCAUACAUUGACUUUAACAUAUCAGAAGGUGAAUACGAAAGAACUAGGGAACUGUAUGAAAGGCUUCUAGAUCGAACCAAGGACUUAAAGGUGUGGAUUAGUUACGCAAAGUUUGAAGCAUCUCUUGCUUUGCAAGAGGAGGACAAGGGUACGAACAUGGAGGAGGAGAAUGAUUUGUCUUCCCUUCAUGAACAGAAGAAGCAGUGCCUCCAAUGUGCUAGAAGGGUCUUCGAAAGGGCAGUUAACUACUUCCGAACAUCAGCACCUGAACUAAAAGAGGAAAGGGCCAUGCUUUUGGAGGAGUGGCUUGACAUGGAGAGGAGCUUUGGUACCAUUGGAGAUGAAAGUCUAGUCAAGAAUAAGUUACCAAAGAAGCUCAAAAAGAAGAGGUCAAUUGUCUCUGAGGAUGGUCCAGCUGGGUUUGAAGAGUAUUACGACUACCUCUUUCCGGAGGAAACUCAGGCUCCAAAUCUCAAAAUCUUGGAAGCAGCCUACAAGUGGAAAAGGCAAAAAGUUGGUUCCGAUGACGAUUCAUAGGGAAAUCCUCUUUCUGUCGACAAAUUCAUGGAAUUUUGUGGGUGGAUCUCUGUGGGCACUUUCUUUUCUUUUGUUGCAACCUUGACGAUUCGUAGGAAAAUCCUGUCUGCAAAUUCAUGGAAUUUUGUGGGUGGAUCUCUGUGGGCACUUUUCUUUUGUUGCAAUCUUGUCCUAAUUUUGUAAGUACAGAUGAUGUUGGUUCAUUUCCUUUCUCUUUUCUUUUUUUUUCCUUUCCUGGAAGGGGGUGGGGUUGUAGAAACGCUGCGCAUUAAACAGAAGGUGACCCUCUCAAAGUCGAAGUUAAGUGGUUGGCCCAAGUUCUGGACCACCUGAAUCGUAACUCCAUCUAUUGAUCAGUGACGGGAUUUCGCUCAGUUGUAAUUAACCUGUUGGAUGGAUUCCUUCAAUUGGUCUGCACGUCCUCUGCAACACACGCAUGCUGCCAGGAGCUACGUGGACUCGGCUAAUUCUCAUUCUGGUGAGAUUGUGUAUUAUAUUUAGGUAGUGCUGUCAAAGGAAUGGUCUGCAAGAGUCUGACAUCUUAUUUGUUUCCCCUAUUGUAACAUGUGAGGCUGGAUCCUGUAGUCA